UCUCGCGCUUACUACCCCGCAGCGCCUGGAUGUGAUAUAAAAGGACCGGGAAAGAACCGGAAUCGAAGUAAUCCUCCGCCUUGUUUCCUCGCUCUACGCAAACACACAAACCCAAAGUGAACCCAUCCAUCCAUUCAUCCACCUUAACUCCUCAAAACAGAAGUCAAGCAACAGAUACAAAGAGAACGAGAAAAGAAAGGAAACAAAAAUGCCCGUCAUCGAACGCAUCACUCUGUUCAAAAUCCCCAACGACGCAGACCGGGAUCGCGUCCUAGAGCAGUACAAGGUCCUUGCGAAAACAGCCGUCAAGGACGGAAAGCCAUACAUCACCAACGUCGCUGUCGGCCAGUCGUUCCCGGACCCCCGCAACAAGGGCUUCAAUGUCUCCGUGAAGACGACGUUCGCGUCGAUGGAGGACAUGCAGUACUAUGAGACCGAGUGCGAGGCGCAUAAGGCGUUGAGGGCGGUGGCGGGGCCGGUCAAGGAGGAUAUACUGUCGACAUACUUUGAGAGUGUUAUUUGAUAUCAUGUCGUUGGUGGGGUUAGUUGCUGAAGGACUGGAGAGCGUUAUGGGGGGUUGUUAUAUAUGAUAUAUGGAUUUGAUAGAUUGGACUUGGUUUUGCUAGUUGGACAACGCUUGUAUGAUUUCAUAUCAUAUCCUGAAUAAGAUCUAUUUCAUG